CAAAAAUAAGUUCGUCUGCCACAUAAAAAGUCAUUAAAUAAUUAAUUUAAAGGAUAUUUCUAACAUAACGAGUACAUGCAUUCAACGAGUUCUUAUGAGACAAAUGUGAAUAAAUGAAAAAACCGAAGAAUAUGAGGAUACUUAGUGAUAUUAGGCUUAAAGGAUCUAAAAUUGAAUUGAUAGUGCCACUUAUUCUGUUGCUGGUGCUGAAUUUAAUCGCAAUAAUUAAUUUAGAAUGUUGCAUAAUAUCGUUCCUAGUCUUUCCUGUAAUUAUUGCCGCUUGUUACAUUUGGUUCGCUAAAAAGCAUUCAAGGACGAAUAUCUUCUUGGCCUUGUCAGUUAUCUCCUGCAUUUAUAUUGUAUUUAUUUUUGAGUUUACGUUACCCUUAUUGGAGCUAUUACCACAAGAAAAUUUCAUAUUCGUUACUUUUAUAUUCCUGACUGUAUAUUUCUUCUAUAAAACCUAUAAUCAAUCUGCACUCAACAAAUUAGGUACAUCAGAACCGUCUAAAGAAACGUUUGAUUCAUCUACAGUCACACUGAUCUCUCCAGAAGACGAGGAUUUAAUAGAAUCAGAUGAUCAAGAUUCAGACUUACCAAAUGUUAGAAAUAGUUGCUCAAGUUGCAAAAAAUACAUCCCAGCACGAACUUUUCACUGUAAUAUAUGCAAAAGUUGCAUAAUUGGACGUGAUCACCAUAAUUACUUCUUCAAUUGUUGUAUUGGACGAUUUAAUCAUAAAUAUUUCCUUCUUGGGUGUUUAAGCUGCAUAUUUACGCUGUUGCUGUUUGCCAAUCUUGCAUUGACAUCAAUAUGCCAUCCAUUUGCUAUAUUUCAAUUGUUCGGGAUCAUGUUUCUUUUACCCGAUGACUGUAGUGAAGUUUUUAAUGAUAUUGAAAUCUCGCUGUGUUUUGUUGCAGCAAUUUAUGCACUCGAAAUGGCUUUAGUACUGCUGUUUGUGAUAAUCCAGCAAUUGGUAUUAAUUUCGAAAGGUACAACGUCAACAGAGUAUUGUUUUAAAAAAGAAAAAAGUCUGAACAGAUAUAGUUGCUUCAGAAAUUGGAAGAACUUUUGUUACAUCUAGAAUCUAGGAUCUAGAUGGUGAAUGCCAAUGAUUUUAAUUAGGAAAAAUAAAAUUCUAAGUCAAAAAAGGAUUAGGGAAGAGCUGGAGAAUUGAUCUUGUGAUGCGUAGAAACGAAUUUGAAGCCAUAUUGGCUAUUUUCGGUGCUUAAUAUAUAGAAAAACUCUAAAAAAGGUAUUUAAUAUUAUUUUUUAAAAUAGUAAAUCAGCAGGAAAAAGUAGUUUUGUGUUUUCUGUUUAGAAAAGUCAAAUACUUGACAUUAAAUAGAAUAUAAUGUAAUGUAGGGUUUUGCUAAUAGCAAAAGCGGCACUGCGAUCGAUGAUCUGU